AUGGUUUUUUUUUUCUUACUGUCUUCAGAAUUUAGGGAGGUCUUCGAACUCUUCGACAGAACUCCAAAGGGUGAACUGAAAAUCACUUACGCGCAGUGCGGAGACGUCUUACGGUCAUGCGGACAGAAUCCCACCCAGGCAGACGUCCACAAGGUCCUUGGCCGCCCGAAACCAGACGAAAUGAACUCCAAGAUGUUGGACUUUGAUACUUUCCUGCCCAUGCUUCAGCACAUCGCUAAGACCAAGGACACCGGUACCUUUGAAGAUUUCGUGGAAGGCCUUCGGGUUUUCGACAAGGAAGGAAAUGGGACAGUCAUGGGAGCUGAACUUCGCCAUGUUUUGGCUACCCUUGGAGAAAGAUUAAGCGAGGAGGAAGUUGAUAAAUUAAUGGCUGGUCAAGAAGACUCAAAUGGGUGUAUUAAUUAUGAAGCGUUUGUGAAACAUAUCAUGGCAAAUUAAAUGGCAGGAUUGUCUCCAUUUGGGACGGAGGUUUGGACGUCUCCCGAUGUAUUUCUGUCCUUCUGGAACGGGAUUUCAAACCCCGCCUGGCUACUCCUCACCCCAACUCCUGUUAGCAGCAGCCGCCGGUCCUGCCAGCCUCGCCUUCUCCCCAGCCUCUGAGGAAGACUUUGCCACUCCAUGUUGGGACCCUGCAACGUCUAAGUUCUCUGCAGGACUUACAUUGCAUCUACUACCUGUAGUAGUAAAUGAAUAGUUUACUACUCUGAAUAAUAAUGAUUAAUAGUAUUAACUAUGACCCACCGAUGUGUCUAUUAUAUCUACCAGCUGUAGUAGUAAAUGAAUAGUUUAUUACUAUGAAUAAUGAUUUACCUAUACAAGAUCUACCUAUAGUAGUAAAUGAAUAUACUCUGAGUAAUAAUCCUUGUAACUAUUAAUAUUUUAGCUACAAUCCAUCUAUAUAUCUAUUACAUUUGGUAAUAAAAGAGUAGCUUACUACUAUGAGUAAUAAUCUUUGUAACUAUUAAUAGUUUUAACCAUGAUCCACCUAUCUCGAUUAGAUCUACCUGUAGUAAUAGACAAGCAGCUUACUACUAUGAGUAAUAACAUUUGUACCUAUUAAUGGUUUCAACUACAAUCCACCUAUAUGUCAAUUCCAUCUACUACCAGUAGUAAUAAAUGAGUACUUUACUACUAUGGGUAAUAAUCCUUGUAAUGAUUAAUAGUUUCAACGUUGAUCCACCUAUAUGUCGAUUAAAUCUACUACCAGUAGUAAUGAAUGAGUACUUUACUACUAUGGGUAACAAUCCUUGUAACUAACCGCCAUGAUUGGCAUUAGCUAUGAUCUAUGGCUUGGUCUUUCCAGCAGACUCACCUAGCCCACAAGACCCCCACCUUUGCUCACCCUGGUUCCAGCUAAGCAAGCCGCCCCCCGGGCCCCCGGAGGCAAGGAGGAGGAGGCAGGCCCGUCCUGGAGUUUGUGCUACAGUCCUAAAUCAGACUGGCGAGAAGAGGGGUGGGAUUCAGGCGGCCGCUGGCUUUGCGACCGUCUCUCCAGCCUUCCCUCUGAGGCAGACGGAGGUCAGGGGCACUUGGGGGGCCCCGGAUGUCCUGAGAGGGGUGAGAAAGCUCUCCAGAGCACGGAAAAGAAAAGGAGGCCAAAGGCUGAAGCGGGCUGAGCGGUCUCUGCAAGACCUUUCCUCAAGGACAUUCCCAUAUUUAUUGCAGGCGUUCUCAUU